CAUCCUUCAAGAUUUCAAACAUGGCUGCAACUUCCUCUUACAUGGCUUGCACCAAAUUCUCCAUGUUGGGUUGGGGUGGAGGAAAGAGAGAUUUGAGAAAGAGAAGGGUGUUUUCAGUUUCAGCUCAGCAGCAAGCUGAAGUAGGUGAAGCACAACAAACAAAAGAAGCAAAAGUGCAAGAAGAGCAAGAAAAGGUGAAGCCACAACCUACACAACCAAGGCCAGUGGAACCACAACUGAAUGUAAAGAGCAAAAACAUGAGCAGAGAAUAUGGAGGGCAGUGGCUCAGCAGCGUCACGCGGCAUGUCAGAAUCUAUGCUGCCUACAUUGAUCCAGAGACCUCCGAGUUCGAUCAAACACAGAUGGAUAAACUCACCCUUAUACUUGACCCCACUGAUGAGUUUGUCUGGACUCCUGAAACUUGCAACCAAGUUUAUUCAUACUUCCAAGAGCUUGUGGAUCACUAUGAGGGUGCACCAUUGACAGAGUACACGCUUCGUUUGAUUGGUUCAGACAUAGAGCACUACAUCAGGAAGCUACUAUAUGAUGGAGAAAUUAAAUACAACAUGCAUGCCAAGGUACUGAACUUCAGUAUGGGUAAGCCCCGCAUUCUAUACAAUAACAACGAUGGCCAGUUUCAAGAUGUACAAUGAUAUGAUUCUCACAAAAUGGCUAG